AUGUCGAGCCGCCGAUCAAGGUCAUCAAGGCAGGCAGCCAGCUCUUCGCGCAUCACUGAACAGCAGGUCCGGGAACUCGUCUCCAAGCUUCAGACUCUUCUCCCUCGUCAACAACCACUGAACAACGAUAAUGACACGGCAUCGACAUCAAGAGUAUUAAGGGAGGCGUGCAAUUACAUAAGGAGCUUGCACAAGGAAGUCGACAAUCUCAGCGAGAGGCUUUCUGAGCUGCUACAGAACACCGAUAACGACACUGAUCUGGAAGCCGUCCUUAGGCGCAUGCUCAUGUGAUCGUAUUACAUAU